CCUUACCUCACUCUGUGCGUCACGUGGCUCGCCUCAGAAGGGGUGGUGGGCGUGUCGUGAGCGGCGGGGCUUCAUUCAUAAAUCCUUUUAUCUUUAAAGCCCGUUUCCAGCGCGCACGGACCCGUUCGGUCAGUCCGGUCCCGUGUGGUUCUGGUCCCGGGGAGUUGAGCGCUGCUGCCCGCUUUUUGCCCCCCCCCCCAACCCUCAGGCGCUGCUGCUCUGCUCCUCCAAGGCCUCCAGGAGCAGGAGUCUGCUCAUGUGGCUCACAGGGCUGAGGAUGCAGCAGAGGAGCUGAAGGAGGCCGUCUACACGAUCCAGAGUUCCUGCUGCCCCUGCUCCUCCUGCUGCUCCUGAGCACUGCCCUCCAUCAGGGUAAGAUCAGCAGGAUGUGGAGCUGCAGUCCACGCAAAGAAAAGCUCUCCAGCCUGGUUCCUGCGGCCGUUCUCAUGCUUGGCAGUAGGUUUACAUGCUUGUGUUGCUUAAGCUGAGCGCUGCAGUCUGUGGAAAGCAAACCCAGUCCAGAAUGCUGCUGGCAUGUUGCUUCUCUCUGCUGGGCGGACUCUCUCGUUGGCUUGGACCAUGAGCAAUGAUUCUGUCGUCUGGAACGUCGUACCAGAAAACUCCACGGAAAUUCCCCUUCAGACUGAGGAGCAUGAAGACGGCUAUCUGCUCCUGCUGGUGAUCCUCUCCAUCUUCCUGGUGGGAUCUCUGAUCAUCGUCUCCUUCCUCGUCAUCGCCUGCCGAUACCGCAGCCGUGGAGGCUGCAGCAGGGCCAGCGAUGACCCGGAGAAAACCACCACCUACACGGAGUCUCAGCCCACGCACGAGAUCACCAUCCAGGUGGAUGAGUCGGAGUGCCUGUCCAUGGUUAGCUCUCAUGAUCAGGAGACGGAGCGCUUCCUGUCCACAGGCCCCACCGGCCGCCGUGUCUCUUUCAAUGAGGCGGCGCUCUUUGAUCAUAGCAAGAAAGCCCAGGAGAAAGGCCGCAGGUACACUCUGACUGAGGGUGACUUCCACCACCUGAAGAACGCGCGGCUCACAAACCUCCACAUCCCUGCUCCCGCUCUCAAGAUUGUCACCAUCCACGAGUGUGACUCUGCAGAAAACACCAUCACCGUGACAACCCGCCCUGCUGCCAAGUCAGCACUUUCCAUCUUUCAGCCGAUGCUGUGCGCCCUGCCCCAAACGGCUCUGACCGGCUUGAGUGGCAGUCCCAGUCGUGCUCUGCCUGGAGACACUCUUAACUCCAUGAUGGACACCAGCUUCUGUGAGGGCACUCCAGCGUCAGGCGCCAAGGAGGCGGGCGUCAGCUCUGGUGAGGUGAUGGCAGCCGGGCCCUGGGGCAGAGGCAGCAGCGGAGGAGAAGGGACCAUGGUGGGGAACGGAGCAUCUCCUGCAGCCAGCGGCGGUGCAGACAGCCAGAGGCCUGUGCUGCAGCUCCUCAGUAAACUGCGGCGUCAUGCCAGUCUGGAGGGGGCCAGUCCUUACUUUAAAAUCAAGAAGUGGAAGCUGGACAGCAGCCAGAGGGCCUCCAGUCUGGACACCAGAGGCUCCCCGAAGAGGCGGCACUUUCAGCGUCAGCGAGCCGCCAGCGAGAGCAUGGACCACGAAGACCACGAAGCUCACCGCAUCGACCUCAUCCAGUACAUCGCCCACACCAAGGAGGCCACCCUCCUUCCAAGCCAGCCCAGCACACGCCUCCUCUCACCUCCCUCCACGCCACCCCCUUCCCUUGGCAGGCUAGAGGUGAAGGUGAUGGUGGAGGCCGGUUGCAGCGCCUGCGGACCCGAGGAUGUUGGCCUGUCCUUUCAUCCACAGGAGAUGCCUUCGGGGGCGAGAAGGGAAUGUGCCGGCUCCCCAAAUCCUCCCCAAACACAAGAUCCGCAGUCACUUUACCGAGACAUCUGGACAUUACGCGCAUCGCUUGAGCAGUAUGCAGCCUCCGACCAAAGCAGCAACAACGACCGCAACUCUGUCUGCAGUGAUGCCGACAGCGUGUGCUCAGUGGGCGGACGCACAGACACAGAGCGAGAGAGGUUCCUGAGUUACUCAUCCCAGGAUUUGGGAGAUGAGGUGGAGAUGUUGGAGGAUGACAACGUCACGUGCAUAAAGGACAAGUCUGAGGUGCAGAAGAGUAAACGGGGAAGCACAGAAUCAGAGCGAAGCGGAAGCGAUGCAGAAUCCGGGACUCGUAAACUGUUGCAGAUGGACAGUGGGUACACAUCAAUCGAGGCUCCAUUUCGAGGUCCAGAGGACCUGCGACUCUUUGGAAGCAGCAGCGUAACCGGGAGUCCCAAAGACAGAACAGCCCACGAGAAACGACACCAUUUUACGAAAGCGGGGCGAACAGGAACAAUCGGUGAGAGUUUUGAGCUCCAUCUCUUUGAGGAGGAUCCAGAAGAUGACCUGCUGCUCGGUGCCGGUAAUGCAGUUUCUCCUGCAGCCGAUGCUGGUUCUUUAAGCUGGCUAGCAUACGGCCAGAUGAUCACGCCUCAAGGCGCUGUUGAGCCUCCAGUGCAGCCGCUUACUCUUCACCAGCGGGACUAUAGCAUAGACGAGAAGACGGACGCUCUCUUCCACGAAUUUCUGCGCCAUGACCCCCAGUUUGACCAGCAGGAGUCUCCUAGAAAGUACCGCUCACGUAUCCAUCUGCGGAAGCAAUGGCAACGCCAUAAACAGUGGAGCGACCCUGGUAUUCGACACUUCCAGUCCUCCUUUGAGAGACACCGGACCCCGUUGCGAAGAGGGGAAAGCGUGAACUACCCUCUGGAGACAAGCUACCACAGCCCGCUGCCUCGCAUUGUCAGUGCUCCUGACGAGGAGGCCGGAGACGGAGCUGGCUGCUCUCCUGAGACUCCAAAGAUGGAGCUGACGAUGCAGAACAGAGGAAAGAACAAGACACAGACUGUCCCUCUUACAGACUCUGAGCUCCACAUGUCCUCUCUGCCACUGAUUUAUCCCUCUGUUUCUGAAAAAGGAGGACCUCAAGGGCGCUCUAACUCUCAGGAGGACAGGAAACAAUCUGGACGACUGCCCGAGACCCCAGAAGAAUGCUCACCUCCUCAGCUGCCUGAUUUCUUGGGCUUUGGUCCACAAACUAUUACAGCAGAAGUCACUGACAAGCUGACUGCUAACCUAAACGAGACGCUGUUCAGAAGCCCUUACAGAACCAAGGACCCCGCCACCGAGGGCGUAAUCCUGACAGCCACACAUGCCUCUCCAGACCACAGCCCAGUGUAGCAGGGCUUCAUUCAUCCUCCUCUUCUGCUAUUUUACACUUGUCCUUUGUUGUUUCCAACUCAAGCUGUCCUUUUUAGCUCCAAAUAUGACGUCCAAACUUAUGAGAAACUAUAAAAUGUCGUUUUUUUGCACAUAUUUUCAUCAGUUCUAGAACCGUGACGCAAGCUCCGUUCUCAAACUAGAGUGAGAAAUGUGAAGAAAAGCUAAAGUGUAACACAGCUUACAACACAGACAGAUGUGACACACUUUUGUGCUUUUGUGUGACAAUUUUCCUCACCGGUUAUCAGUCAUUAGUCAUGGAACGAGUGCAGACGCUUUCUAUCGGGAAAUAAUCCAUCAGUUACAUGACAAUCACUGAGCUCGGAGUGAUGGAACGACAUUCUUCCAAAGGAUUCACAGGAAGGAGCGGCUGGGAUGGAAUGACAACAUUCUCAACUUUUGGGUUGUGAAUAUGAUGUUUCAGCACUGCCCCCCCCCCCCCCCCCCCCCUCAUGGUUGUCAGCAGCCAUCCAUAUGGAGCUGAAGGAUGCUAGACAAAGAAAAGCCCAAUAUUGCUAGAGAAAAAAAAUAGUUUCCUAGGGUUUCUAGUUUCGUGAUAACUUACAGCGUCUUUGUUAGCCUCCAUCUUUAGAGGAUGGACCCCCCCAGAGAGCCUUUUGUUGCCAGGAAUUUGAAAUCUGCCCCCUUUGUAACUUCUGCAGCUCUUGUUAGUGUAGAACUGAUGUUGUUGGUCUUCUGCUGCAACAAGCUGCAUCUCAGGUAGUUUUUAUGAGAAGUUUCUGAACAAUUUUUACAAAUGAGAGUCCUGGAUGAUCCCGUCCACAACGCCGACCACAGUAAUGGCAGCCUGCAUGGUCAAUGGCUAGCAUUAGCAGUUGGCUGGAUAGAACUGAGAUUUCUUCCUCUUUACUUAGCAGAUUACAGCUGGUUGACCAGUCUUGAUCCAGGACAAAUCAAAUUGUCCAUAUUUUUGUGUAUUCCAUUUAGUCUGGAGUACACCCCCACGAUCUUGGACUGCUGUUUUGCACUCCAGGUCUGCGUGCACAUUAUGUGACUGAAGACUAUCAGUUGUACAUAAUCGAAACAACUCUUUUGAUAUUUUAAGGAUAACUAAUGACAAAAAUCCAAAUUAAAGUGGUAGUUUGAUGGUUUUAACAAUCGUUUAUUUCUGUUUGUAUUUCCAUUGAAGACAGUCCAAGUGAAGCUGGGAGCAGAAACCUCCCAGCACAAGGAUCCACUGUGAAACCAGGUGCUAACGGAGAGGUGGAACCCGACCGAUCUGGAAAAACCUGUUAGCAGCAGGUUCUGUGAUCCAGCAGGGUCUAUGUUCCUGAGGGGUUCUGCGUUCCUGCUUCGUUGAAAACAAGAACACAUUUGAGCAAAAGAUUGGUUUAAAUUGGAAUCUCCUCCCCAGAUCUAUGGGAGGCAAAAUGCUGAUUAAGCCUUCCAGAGAACAGAUCCGUGUGGAUCCAGCUGGUCCCUACAGAAAGAACCUGAAGAAAGAUGUCCCAGUGGCUUCAUUUGCUGUAGGAAAUAGGGUUCAAUUCCUUAAAUUUGUGUGUCAACUUGAUGACAGAAUUCUUGUAAAAGAAGCAGUGGUUGAUUUGUUUUUGUUUUUCACUGCAUUGGGGACAAUGAAAACUGUCAAAAAGGCAGAACCUGCACCAACAGAUCCAAUAAUCAAGUUUCAGCACUUUCUCACGAAUUUUAAAACACUUUGCAUCUCUAUCUUAAUGCAUCUUUUGGUUUGUUUGUUUUAGAAAGAACAAACAUCAGUUUAUGUACAGGUUUACACCCAUUCUAACUGCAUUUAAGCUUCUGGACAUGCAGGUUCUUUGGUUAAACUUAGACAUGUUUCCAGAAAAACAGAUUUGAUGUAUUUAUUGGUGAAUGCGGAACACUAAAUGCUUGUUUUUCUUUAUUUAUUUAUCUACUUUGUUUUUACUUAUUUAUAUAAAUACAUUUGUUUAAACGCCACCACUGCCGGAACCACCCCAUUGCAUUUAGCGGCAAAUAGACCACGCAAUUCUCCGUCAUCCUGUCCUCGUUGACUGUGUGCUGGCCGACUAAAAUCCAGCUUCAAACAUUUUUCAGCUGGGCUCCCUGUCUUCCCAUUCAGAGUUGUGAUGAAUAUUAAUCAUGACAGCCAACUCCUCUGUGCCCUCCCCUCUACUGUUCAUCAUUGUUCGAGCCUGUUGCCGCACAGAGGAAAUAAAAUGAUCCUCCUCCGUUCGGGUGGAUGAUGAGGCUCUUUUCCUGCAUGCCUAGAUUAGAUCUGUCUCUUGUGCAUGAAAAGAUUCUCCUCUUUUGGCAGAAGCUCAGCUGCUCGCAUUGCUGAGAUGAAAGGAGCAAAAUGUUAAUAAAGAGUGGAGAGCAUCGCCUCCUUUCAUUCACACUUAUGUCAUCAGCCAUUAUUUUGAACCACCAAAUGACCACGCUAAUCAGCAGGAAGGGAAUUAAACAGCAGUGGGGUUUGCUUCCGUUGAUUUUUGAAAAACCGUCCCUGUUCAGGUGAAGGAAAAGUGUCAGAUGACUCUCUCAGGUAUGAGACUUCAGUCAGAGAAAAACUAUUCUAACUGGAAUAAUAGCAGUGUAUCUGUACAAACAGUUUUCUUUGAGGAAAAGCACAUCAGGCUCAAACUAAAGGUCUUUGUUUGACUUAGAAACAGUAAAAAAUGGACAGUGUGGCGUUUGUUUUAAAUUUGUCCAUAGCCAUGCAUGGAAACUGAUGUUUUAGUCUAAAGCCACAGCCACUACGUACAAUUUCCGCAUAUUACACAGAUAAAAAUUGGUCAUGCGUGAAUCUAUGUGGUAAAAGUGAGAAAAGUUGUGGUCCUUAUGUGAAAUUUUCUCAGAUGUCUCAGGAAUGAACCAUGUUAAAACCACUGAAGAAGUACGAAUAAACCACGCAAAGAACACGUAAACCAUUGUAGAACCACGCGUGAUUAUUGUGCUGUUUAUUUGCAAUUCCUUCAUGUUUAAUGCACCGGAUACGGGAUAUAAAAGUUAUAGUGGUACAUGCGUGAAAAGCCCUUUAGACAUACGUGGAACGUUCGUAGAAAGACACAAAUUUGUGUAGGCAUUUCGCAAAAAUCACACACAAUUGCGUAAGAUUUACUUAAUAAUUGCAUAUAAACAAGAUAAAAUACGAACCAAAAGUUUUGAACAGCUCAAAACCGAAUUCACAGAAAGACCCGUAGACGAACAUCUGCACACAUCGACGAAUGACCAACGCCAAAAAACAUGCGUAUGUCACCCAACUAUCUGUUCUAAAUUUUAUAAGUGGAAAAUGCUCAAAAUGUACGUAUUGGCUGUUUUACACGGCCUCAAGAUUACAGAUGUAGGAACAAGCUGACGAGGUCAAUAGAAUGUGCUCGCGUGUUAAAAGCACAGAUAAAAAUAUUGGUGUGACGACAUUUUUAUUGUAUUUUAUGGUUUUCAGUUUGAAUUGCUUGGGUGAUGAAAUGAGAUUUCCUUGAUUUAUCUCUUAGAAUAUCCAAAUGUCUUAGUAUUCUUUGCCAAUUGAAAGCUUGAUUUUUCUUAGCAGUUUUACUUUUUCUGAUCCAAAUCUUUUGGGCCUUAAGGAACCAAGUUAUUUAAAAAUGUUUUGGUUUGUUUCUCAGUCUGUGAAUAAAAGACGUAAGCACAAC